GUUCAAAAUGUUGACCAAAAUAUUUCUUUUAGGUUGUUGCAUAAUUGGUGCAUUUGGAAAUGAUCAAAAUGCUACAGAUACGAGUACAAACAUCUAUGAUAUCCAAUUGAGUGUUUCCAAGUUUGCAACUAUCAGUGGGAAGAAUUACUAUUUCCAUGUUGUGUCUACGAUGUCACAUCCGAAAGCAAGGGUGUUCUGUCAAUCUCUAGGAAAAUCUUUGGUCAGCAUUAAAAACAAAGCGAUAAACGAUGAACUUUACGAAAACUUUGGAGCCAAAGUUUCUCAUAAAUCAUCUUCUUUCUGGACUUCCGGCGAGAAGAUUGGUGCUUUAUGGUAUUGGACAUCCAUUGGAGCACCUUUCUCUUUCACCAGUUGGGCUCCUGGUGAACCUAACGAUGCAGAUGGAAGAGAACACUGUGUAGAGGCAUCGUAUAAUCCAGAUAAAUACCAUUUAUUGUGGAACGAUCUGAAAUGUGACGCUGAAAGAUUCGUUGUCUGUGUAGAUCAUUAAACUUGAAUGCUAUUAGUACAAACCAAAUACUAUAUGUUGAAGAACAGUGCAUACAAUCACUCAGAAUAUAUUUUGCUCAAGUGAAUACUUUGUUUCAUCAUUUUGAAUUUAUUAUGGUAUUUGGUUGGACAGUGAUUUUCUGCUCAUUUGCUUUCACAUAUUCGUCGAUAAUAAACGAGGUAUAACUUA